AUGAAUUAUUAAACUGUUUGGGAUUAAAUUAAGUUUUAUGAACCUCAUUAUAAAGAUUUCAAUUACCUUGAUCUCUAAAAGGUUAAUGCCAGAUUAGCAAUAGCUAAUAAUUAUAUUUAUUAUGGAUAAUUUGAAAACAAUUAAAGACAUGGAAAAGGUUAAUACAAGAAUUCUAUAAGAUAGGUAUACUUUUAUAAUCAAAUGGACGCAAAUAUGAAGGAGAAUGGUAAAAUGAUCAAAAAUAAGGUAUUGGAUGGGAAUUUUUGGCAAAUGGGUCUCAAUAUGAGGGAAAUUAUAUUAUGGGGAAACCUCAUGGAUAAGGCAAAUUCACUUGGGCUAAUGGAGAAGUUUAUGAAGGUUAAUGGAACUUAGGAAUUAAGGAAGGUCAAGGUAUUAAUUACAAUUUUAUUAUCAUAAGGAAUAUGGCAUGGAUUAAAAGGUGAAUUAUAUUAAGGAGAAUGGAGCAAUAAUGUAGCAUUUGGAUAUGGAGAACAUAUUCUUAGCAAUGGAGAUCGUUAUGUUGGAAAUUUCAAAGAUUGGCUUAAAAAUGGAGAAGGUUAAGAAUACUUUAGUAAUGGAGACAUGUAUUAAGGGAACUAUUUAAAUGGCAAACCACAUGGAUAUGGAGAAUAUUAUUGGAGUAAUGGAGCGGUAUUUUAAGGUUAUUUUAAAGAUGGAUUGAGAUGUGGGAAAGGUAUUUGGAAACGAAGAGUAGAUUCUCCAACAGAUUUAUAUUAAGGGGAUUAUGAUGAAGAUAAGAAAAAUGGAUAUGGAGUAUACAAAUGGUCUAAUGGCAACGAGUAUCAUGGGACAUUUAUCAAUGAUUAUAAAAAUGGUUAUGGAGAAAUGCAUUAUGUUGAUGGUAAAGUACUUAAGGGAAAUUGGGAAUAAGGAAAAUUAGUAAAUGAAAUUAAAUAAAAUUCACCUAAAAAACCAUAACAUUCAUUUGAUAAUCAUAUAAAGAUAGUUGAUAAUAGUAAUAAUUUCAAUAAAAAUUGUUAAAAUAAGAAUAAAAACAUUGAUAUUUAAUAUGAUAAUGAAAUAUAGAAUAAUGUUUAGAAUGAAUUUGAUAAUGAGAUGUAAAGUAAUUAAUACAUAGAUGCAUCAAUUAGUAAUAAAAACAUUCAUAAAAAUAAUAAUAAUCCUGUUUCAUCUUAAACACAUAGAACCACAAAAACAAUUCGAAUAAGAUAAUAUUAAAAAGACAAAUCCUUUAGUAUGAGUCAAUAGAAUUCAUAAUAUGGACCUUCUAGUCCAAAGAGAGAUAUUUCAGAAAGAAAUGAAAAAUAAAAAACACAAACUAAAUUUUGCAUUAAAACUUCAGAUAAUUUCUAUCUACAUAUAAGAAGACCAAAAUAACACUCUUAAUACUAUAAUUGA